AUGAAGAUAAAGCACACGUGGACCCCCGGAGCAUUGAUGUAUUAUGGUAGAGCAGAGAUUCCAGCUUCUGAUCACAGACCUGUGCUAGCGAUUGUGGAAGUGGAAGUUCAGGAGGUCGAUGUAAAUUCCAGAGACAGAGUAUUUCAGGAAAUAUCCUCUUCUCAGGGACCUCUAGAUGCCACUGUGGAGGUUCACAUUGACUCACCAACACCUGAGGACAAAGCAGAGUUCCCUGAAGACGUUAGUACAGAGCUUGUACAGACAUUUCAGAGUUACGGCACUGUUAUACUUGUACGGGUGAUUGGGGGACAAAUGAUGAUCACAUUUGCAGACAGCAGGACAGCUUUAAGUGUUCUUGAUCUUGAUGGUUUAAAGGUGAAUGGCAAAACAGUAAAAAUAAGGCCAAAGACAGAAGAUUGGUUGCAGGGUCUGCAGGAAGAAAUUGCUCGGAAUAGAGACAGUGUAGUAUUAUUGUCACCCAAUGCC